GAUUAUUGACGUGUCUCCUCGUGAGCGAUUGCAAUGGCAGUCCUGGAAAGGGUGAAAGCCGCACUGGAGGGCAAAGCCAGCCUGCAGGAUGUUGAUCAAGCCUUGCAAGACAGUGGUCAAGCUCCUGAGCUGGAAAGCAUCAUGGCCGCGGUGAAGGCCCAAAAUUCCCAGAUGAUGCAACUGCUGUUGCGGAGAAAAGCGGAUGUGAAUGCCCAGGACAGCAAAGGCGUGACUGCUCUACACAUGGCAGUUUUUGAUGGGAAGCCACAGCUAGUGAGGCUUCUCCUCAAUGCUCAGGCAGAUCCAAACUUGAAAGACUGCCAUGGGCAAUCUCCCAUCUUCUUUGCGCCAAGCCGGCAAAUCUGUGAGAUGCUGAUCCUUCGAAAAGCAGACCUAAGGUUUUCCAAUGCCAAGAAGCAAACACCUUUGCACUUUGUUGCCCAUGCCGGGCUGCAUGACGCUGCAGCAUGCCUGCUUGAGACCUUUCAGAACUCAGCUUUGGAUUUUGAGGAUGCAACUGGACAUUCGCCACUUCUUUAUGCAGCAAAGUCCAAGGUGAAGUCUAUCCAUUCCUUUUUGCAGGGCUUCAAGACCGAAGCUAAACCAGAGGUAGAAACAACUCAGUACCCCGCAGAGAAGGACAAGCAAACUGCAGUGCCAGCAGUUGAUUUACAACCAGCUCAGGGGCAGACGGAAAAGGAACCGCUGCAAACUCCGCAAACAAAGUGUCCAGAAGGACAUGACUUGAUUCCAUUUGAAUCUGAAGAGGACGACUUUCUUUGCAGCGUUUGUGAGUGCGAAUUCCCCAUGGGGACCAUUCUGUAUGGAUGCCGUGCCUGUGACUACGAUCUUUGCAGAGAAUGCUUGGCUCAUACUGUGUUCCAUUCCAGCGGAAAAAGCUUCGUGGCUGCAUUUCCCGAGAUGCAAACCUUCCAGAGUUUCGGUGGUAGCAACAAAUCCCUGUUGCAAGGUACUGGUGAAGAUAUUCGAGAGGCCACAGAAUCAGAAGACGACUCCUUCGCUUCGCAGCAGUUCUUUGCAGAGGAGGCCUUGGGUGGCAUUGAGGAGGAGAAUGGCUGUCUCUUUUGGCAAGUCCUUCUCAAGAAGGACAAAGCCGAAGACAAAUAUGGUUUUGCUCAAUCAAACGGCAGAGUAGAAUUUGAGAUGCUGCUUAACAAAGGCAAGAAGGAGAAAAUGGAAGGUCCCAAUUAUUUAGUGGUGAAGCGAGUCUACAAAGCUGGUUUGCUGGCAAAGUGGAACGAGAGAGUGCCACAAUUGGAGGUGAAGACUGGAGAUCGCAUCAUUGCAGUCAAUGACCAGAAGUCAGCAGAGGACAUGGCUAAAGAGAUCCAUGCUCCACGGAUUUUUCUGCAGGUGAUGAGGUUCCCUGAUCGUUUUAUCGUAGCUCUGAGCAAAGAGAACGGCGUGAAGUUGGGCUUCCGCUUUGAACGACCACAAGGAAACUUCUCCGAGGAAGUACGCAUCACCGAGGUCAUGGAAACUGGAGCGAUGAUGAGCUACAACAAGACUCAGGUGGCUCUCAGUCGCUAUGCCUUUGUGGUUUUGCCAGACAUGCGCAUCGAUCGGGUCAACGAUGUUUGGGGAGAUGCCGAGCUCAUUGCAGGGGAGCUCAAGGCCGCCACUAUGGUGGAGAUCCACAUCCGCAGAGCUGAGCACAGCGGCACGCCGUCACCGUGAUGGGUUUCGAGGAUCCCGGAAAGAACUGGUCAGAUGAUAA